UGUUUUCCCGUCCCAAGAUGGCGGCGCUCAGUGGUGCUUCUGUGGAAGGGAAUGGCGGGGAGUGAAGCCUGAGGGAGCGGGCCGGGAGCGCGGAGGGGGAUGAGGUGACGCCGCUAUGGCGAGCGACGGGGGCCGGAAGCAGUUCUGGAAGCGGAGCGGCGCGAAGGUGCCGGGCAGUAUCCAACAUGUGUACGGAGCUCAGCAUCCACCUUUCGACCCAUUAUUGCAUGGAACCUUGAUAAAACCAAGUUCAAAGCCACCUACAACUCCAGUGAAAUUGAAGAAAGUCAGCACCUUCCAAGAAUUUGAAAGUAACACAAGUGAUGCCUGGGAUCUUGGAGAUGAUGAUGAUGAACUCUUAGCAAUAGCUGCUGAAAACUUAAAUACAGAAGUGGUCAUGGAAACAGCUCACAAAGUAAUUCAGAAUCACAGCAAGCUACAAGAACAGCAUAAAUUUCAGGAAGAACAUCUACAGGAAGAAAAACAAGAGGAAUUUGCACAGCUGACUCCAGUUGCAUGUGGUGAUAAUAGGCUUGUUAAAUCAGUCAGUGAAGGCCAUACAUCCAGUUCAUUAGAUAAUGCUAGUGAAAAUUCUGCCAUGCAGAGGUCACAGUCACUUCCACAAACUUGCAUACCUCCCUUGGCAAGUGGAAUGGCAGACUGCAGCACCUCAGUUACUCCUGCAUUAACUGAGAGAGAAGCGUCUCGGCUGGACAAAUUUAAGCAGCUCCUUGCUGGCCCAAAUACAGAUCUUGAUGAAUUGAGAAAAUUGAGUUGGUCUGGCAUUCCCAAACGGGUUCGUCCAAUUGCAUGGAAGCUCCUUUCAGGCUAUCUUCCUGCAAAUGUGGACCGAAGAGAAAGCACUUUACAAAGAAAACGCAAAGAGUAUUUUGCAUUUGUUGAACAAUACUAUGAUUCCAGAAAUGAUGAAAACCACCAAGAUACCUACAGACAGAUCCACAUAGAUAUACCACGCAUGAGUCCUGAAGUUUUAAGACUUCAGCCCAAAGUAACAGAGAUCUUUGAAAGAAUUUUGUUUAUCUGGGCAAUACGUCAUCCAGCCAGUGGAUAUGUUCAGGGCAUAAAUGACCUUGUUACUCCUUUUUUUGUAGUCUUCGUUUGUGAAUACAUAGAAGAAGAAGAAGUGGAAAAUUUUGAUGUUUCCAGUCUGCCUGAAGAAGUGCUGCAGAACAUAGAAGCUGACAGUUACUGGUGCAUGAGCAAGUUGCUUGAUGGCAUUCAGGAUAACUACACGUUUGCACAGCCAGGAAUCCAAAGGAAAGUGAAGAUGUUGGAAGAACUUGUUAGUCGGAUUGAUGAACAAGUUCAUAGGCACUUGGAUCAGCAUGAGGUGAAAUACUUGCAAUUUGCUUUCCGUUGGAUGAAUAACUUGCUGAUGAGAGAAGUCCCUUUACGGUGUACCAUCAGGUUAUGGGACACAUACCAAUCUGAACCAGAGGGUUUUUCUCACUUCCACUUGUACGUCUGCGCUGCCUUCCUUGUCAGGUGGAGGAAAGAGAUCCUGGAGGAGAAAGAUUUUCAAGAGUUACUGAUAUUUUUACAGAAUUUGCCCACAGUACACUGGGGAAAUGAAGACAUCAGUGUGCUCCUAGCAGAGGCCUACAGACUGAAGUUUGCAUUUGCGGACGCCCCUAAUCAUUACAAGAAGUGAAUAUAAAGAGACUGAAAUCAUUAGAAGCAACGUGUUCUGCAGUAUUAUGGCAUCUGUUGUUCUGGUUAUGCUUUCAGCUCCUUGCUCUUUCAUUUGAAGUAAGAUGACCAUUAAAAUUCUGUUGGAAUUUGCAGAAUGAGAACAGAAUACCAAAGAAGUGGACAAAGCAGGAUAUCGAGCACCGAAUGAACUUAAAAGUGAAUUUUUUUGCUCAGCAUGAAAAAUGAGUUCAGAAGUAUUAUUUUCUUCUUUUUUCCCCUUGUCUAAAUAGAAUAGUUGUCUCUCUUAUUUAUGUGGAGCAAUUUUUCAAUUGUACUUUAGACUUAAAACUACUUACGGAAUUAUUUUGUCAUUACUUCGGUGUCACCUGCCAUGAAUUUGUCAGCCAGUUUUGGUUGGUGAAAUCUACUUUGAGUGGCAAAAAAGAACUUUUCCUUGAUCAUACAGACCACGUGAGACAGCAAGGCCUGUGUUUUGGGGUCUGGUUAUAGCUCAAAAGACACUGAUAUUACCACACCAUCUGUUGUUUUUCUAUGGAAUUAGGUUAGAUUACUUCUAUAAUAUAAGAAUAUAGAAGGUUGUAAUGGAAAUUGGUGGCAUUUUUCUAAACAUUAUUCAGUGUUGAAGGAUGCUAUAGAAGCUUUUUUGCCAUAAAAAGGAGUUACUUAAAGCUGAAGACUCAUCUAUUACACUGAAAUAAGUCCCUUUCAAUAUGUUCUGGAGUGCUUUAAAAUAGUGAAUUAAACAGAAGGCAAGGCCUUGUCAAAGUAAUUAAAGUUUCUCUUUUAAGGCCUUGCAAUUUUUCAGCAUGAAAUUUCACUUUUAAGAAAUGUAUUAAGAAGCUUGGUUUACUAAGCAAGAUAUAUUUUUAUCUCAGUUGUUGCCUUAUUCUCCAUUUCUAGUGAUUAGAAAAGGAAAAUUAAUAUAUCUUUCCAAAGCUUUUUUGUUAAAUAAUUUAAUACCCUUUUCCUGAUUAUUCAGAGGAAGAGAGCUAGCUCCCAACAACAAUAGUGGUAACUGUAUACUCAGAUUGUUCAUGGGUCAUUAGCAGAACAAAAAUUGAGUUUAUAGACUAAAAUUAAUGUUUCUUCAUAUAACCAUGGAAUACUGAAUAAUUUCUUAAAACUUACAUAAUUCAAGUGCACUGUUUUAUUUCAAGGAAUAUUUUCUGGUAAGAAUUCUAAGUUUGCUCUGUUGGAUGUAAAUAACUCAUAACUCAUAUUAAUUUGUGCCUACCAUACACAUGCAGGUUAUGAAGGGUGGGAGUUGCAAUAAGCAAUAUACUUAAAAGUUCAGACUUCUUAUUCCUCAGUUUGGUUCUUGAGUGGCACAGCGUUGCACAGAAAGUGUAGUGCACUUUUAAGUUUGGGAAAUAAAAAACCUUCAAGAGACUUUCUCUUAUGACUUGUUAUUGAAAGAUUAUUUUCAACUUCUUAAAAAUAUGCAGAUACAUAUUUUGAAGAGAGCUUUCUAAAUGUAUUACUUACAUUACUUGCUUUAGGGGCCUUAGUUCUUUACACAGACUUCAUAAUAAUUAGGUGUUUCAGGGUAAAUAAAGUAAAAUACAUUUUUACCACCACGUGAUUAUGAGACCAUCUAUAUUUUAAAAGUAUAUGAAAUCUUUGGUAGAAGAUAAAAAGAGAAUUAUUUCAAAAACCUGGUUUGGCAACUAGGAUGCAUUUGUUUUCCACUGGUGUCGGCUGGGUGUUUCAGUUGUGAUGGAUACAGGGUCAGGCCUCCCAGGUGGCUGCAUUUGUGCCUGGAAUGUGUAGUGGAUCUGUGCUUCUCACAUGUCUGUGUACUGCUUUCUGUAACCUCAGUUUGUGGUCUAAUGUAUCAAAAUUUAUGUUUACAAGGAAUGUCAUAUUGUGCCUAACAGUGUCUACCAAUAACAGAAUAAAAGAAACAUGAAAUCUACGA